UUGAAACCUCCCGUGUUUGUAUCUUGAAGUUGCGAGCGGAGUUGAGCUCCAUGUUGAAUCAAAGUUUCUACCUCCUCGGCGAACGCUUUUUUUGAUUAGAGUUUCACACCUACGACCUUUUUUAUUUAUUUUUUAAUAGUUGGUUGUGUCGGUGUCCCGAGCGGACGACGACGACACCGGGGGCGACAUGGCUGUGCUGUAGGGCCGACUUGUUGCGAUGUUUUCCGGGGCGCUUCGGCGUCGUUUUCCUACAUGUUGAGUUCGUUUUAAUGCACCGAGUCAGCGAACUCUCCGCAACUUAAAAGUGUGAGAUCAGCAACUUCUGGACCAGACCUGGAUGUGAUGGACGGUCCGUCCUCAAUAAUCACCCAAGUCAGCCGGGAUGAAGAGGGAAACAAAGCCGCAGGAGAGCGGGGCUCCUCGCCCUCUCUGUCCACCAAGAAGCCCCGGAGCCGAGGCCUCUUCUCCAGCCUCUUCUGCUGCCUGUGUCGAGACCAGGACGCGCCGCCGUCCGUCAACAACAACGCGCCGCUGCUGGUGGAGGAGAACGGCGCCGGCUCCAAGAUCCAGGUGAAGCCCCUGCUGGCUCCAGUGAAGUCGAAAGACUCGGGAAAGAUCUGCGUGGUCAUAGACCUGGAUGAGACUUUAGUACACAGCUCUUUCAAGCCUGUGAACAAUGCAGACUUCAUCAUUCCCGUGGAAAUAGAUGGAACAGUACACCAGGUGUACGUCCUGAAGCGGCCCCACGUCGACGAGUUCCUGAAGAGGAUGGGCGAGCUGUUCGAGUGCGUCCUGUUCACCGCCAGCUUGGCCAAAUACGCGGACCCCGUCUCCGACCUCCUGGACAAGUGGGGCGCGUUCCGCUCCCGCCUCUUCCGGGAGUCCUGCGUCUUCUACCGAGGCAACUACGUCAAGGACCUGAGCCGCCUGGGUCGAGACCUCAGCAAGGUCAUCAUCGUGGACAACUCCCCGGCCUCCUACAUCUUCCACCCCGACAACGCGGUGCCCGUGGCCUCGUGGUUCGACGACAUGGCCGACACCGAGCUGCUGGACCUCAUCCCCUUCUUCGAGAGGCUGAGCCGGGUGGACAACGUCUACACGGUCCUCAAGCACCAAGGCGCCGCCAGCUAACGGCGUGCCGCGUCUCGGCUCCAAAACAACACGGCGUACAAAAAAAAAAACUGGAUACACCCCCCUUCGCCCCCCCCCCCCCCCCCUGAGCAGCGAGGCUCCGCCCACCUGGACUGCUUCCCGCUCUCAAACCCAUGUUCGGGACUCUUGGCUGACCUCAAACGGCCUCGGCGCCGUCCGCUGGUCAAACAUUAGCUCGAUGAGGGAUGAAAGGAUGAAAGGAUGAAUGGCUCAGGCCGCAGAGGAAGGCCCUCGCCACAGACCCCCCCCCCCCCCUCUGCACACCUCGGACCGACUGCGCGUGGUUCAGGGUUCGGUAAGCGAGGAGAGACGGAAGUUCCGGAAUCGUGCAAAUGAACUUAGGCCUCGUCAUUGAAUGAGCAGCUGAUGUAGGAGUACUGUAGAUGUAUUUUUAAACAAUAUAUUUGCUACACAUCCUAAUUUAGUCAACUGUCACACUAUUUGUCUGCAGAAAAACCGCUUGUGAUGCUGAGGAGUCAUUUUAGAGUUCUUACAGCUAUAUUGAUCAGGUCAUUGUUUCAGUGUUAUGGAUGAAUCCGAUGAAAAGAAGUAAUCAGGAGUUGAUGAAUGAAUAAAUGACAAAAUGAUUGGACAGCACUUUACAGUCUAUAGUCCACACUUUGAUUGUGACAAUAUUAAAACUAAACCCUGCUUACUAAACAGCAUUAGCUGGUGUAUUGGGAUCGUUGGUAUUUAAUUUAAUCGUAUUGAUAUAGGCGGAGAAAAUGUUCUUCUGCAGCAGCAACUGUACCCACUGUACUUUAAUCAGUGGAAUAUAAAGCCCAAGACAAAGUAAGACACUAAUAGGAAUACCAGACCACCUGCAAGCGGCAAAGCAGCUGCUGGGCUCUGUGGUGGUGAUGGACGGCCCAAAUGUGUCUGCCCACACACGUUUGAGCCCUGGGGGGGUCGGGGUCGACUCGUCUGACUCGUAGCGCUUUCUGCCUACUCUUUUCCUCCGAGCGGUACUUGGGCUGGAAACAUUUUCAGGCCUGUAAAAAAAAAAAUGGGUUUGGAGGGAUGUUCGAGGUGCUGCAGGCAGACACACGUCUGAGAUUUAAAAAGAGAAAUG